UAAAACACACCGAGCUGACGGAAAUAUAUCGAAGGUCCGUAAUUCUGCAAGCAAAACUUUUGUCAUUGUUAUUCAAAUAAAUCUCUUUACUUGCGUCCACGAAGCUCAAAAUCAAUUGGAUCGAAAUGUGAGCUUGUAGGAAGUAAUUUGCGUCACAUUACUUCAUGAACCGUGAUGCAAGAAAAGUAGUUGAGAAAAACUAAUUUUGAAUCCAGUGUUAUGGAUUCUAUUCUGUCGGAGAUACCCAUUCUAGUUGCUAACUUCAGAUGAUAUUCUAAACGGUUUGAUGAUAUUUGUUUAUGUAUUAGAGACGCCAGGUUCGUGCGAAAGAGAAAAAAAGUAGUGAUCAGCAGAAUUAUUCCGACAAGAACAUUUGUUUGUUGAUGACUGAAUGUGCAGAAAAUUUAUUUUAUCAAUAACAUAAUGCCUCCAUCACGAAGUACCGUAAUAGUCACAGAAAAGUGUUCAAAAUAAACUUAGUUAAAAAAUACAACGAUUAGUGCGAUGAUAUAGACGCAAUGGAUUUUAUUUACGUCGAUAUUCGCCAUAAUUCCAUAUGAUAACUAAUUGUUCCGGGUAAUAUUCGUUACAUGACUGUAAUCGAAAAGUCGUUUCAUUACAUCUGUGUAUAAAAGUAUGAUGAUCGGCAGUCACUCUGCUAAGCACACUUUUGCAACUUUCAAAAAGAAGACCACGCAUAUUCAACGACAACUGGGCCGCCACUCCUACAUGGUUACCCGCACCAUCAACUUGGAAAAGAAGCCUCUGAUCGGUGACAAGAACGGUGGAGGUGGUAGCUCCGCAGCUCUGGAGCACGGUGCUAUGGGUAACAGUCCUGCCAUGUCCACUACCCUCAAUGAUGAUUCCAGCCAGCAAUCAUCUAUUGGCUACUCCAUUGAUGCAGGUAAUGAAGAGACAGGACAGUUAAUCUCUCGGCGCACCCUUAACACUGCUGCUGGAGUUUUCGCCCCUGUAGCUCUCUCACAGUUUAGUAGCUUGCUCUUCCUCCGUAUUGGCUAUCUUAUUGGCAAUGGAGGUUUGCUGGUGUCGCUGGCGCUGCUGCUGGGGUGCUAUUUUAUCCUCAUCCUGACGGUGCUGAGCAUCUGCGCCAUCUCUACCAACGGCGCCAUUGAGGGCGGGGGAGCUUACUUCAUGAUCAGUCGUACACUUGGGCCUGAGAUGGGUGGAGCUAUUGGUCUGGUCUUCUACAUCGCCAAUGUCUUCAGCUGCGCUCUCUACACUUCUGGCUGUGUUGAGGGCAUCUUACAGGGCAUCACUUCAGCUACAAGUGGUCCGGUCAAUGCUACUAUUGUGCCUCAUGGAAACGAGACCAUCCCACUUGAGUUUAAUGGUUACCAAAUCUAUGGGAUUGCCAUCGGCAUCAACCUGACGCUGCUAUGCAUCUGUAUCAUCGGUGCUAACUUCUUUGGCAAAUGCACGAAUUUCUUCUUCCUGGCCGUGUCUUGCAUUGCUAUCUUGACGCUCAUCGCACUGCUGGCACAAAAUCCCAUCACUAUUCCUUACGCUCACAGUCUUCACAGCAGUGAACUGAACUUGUCAAAAGUGGCUGGCAAUUUCACGGGUCCCAGUAUAGCAACGCUGAAGAGCAACCUCUACGAACAUUAUACCAUUGACUACAAUAAUGGCAAGCAAAUCAACGCCAUGACUCUCUUCAGCGUUCUCUUCAGUGGCGUCACGGGCAUCACGAACGGCGCCAACAUGUCUGGUGAGCUGCGUAACCCCGGCUACUCGAUCCCGCGCGGCACGCUGCUGGCGCUCAGCUUCACCUUCUGCAUGUACUGCCUCUUGUUCGUGGCCACUGCGUGCUCCACUGCGACGGAUGUGCUGCAGUACAACUACGUCUUCAUGGGCUACGUCAGCUUCUGGAUGCCGCUCGUCUACGUUGGCAUCGCACUAGCCACACUCUGCGCGAGUCUGAGCAACAUGAUCGGUGCCUCGAGAAUUCUACGCGCUGUUGCAGAUGACCGUGUCUUUGGGAACCUGUUCAACUUCCUGUCGUGGGGCUGUACCCGUAACAACAACAACAGCAGCAGCAGCGGUGGCUGCUCCCGCUGCCUCACCCACAACGAGUUCCUGGGUCCUCUGCUGCUGACGUUCGUGUUGUCCGCGGGCCUCCUGGCCAUCGGUGACAUGAACAGCAUCGCGCCCUACACCUGCGUCUUCUUCCUCCUCUCCUACGCCAUGAUCAACCUCUCCUGCAUGAUGCUCUCCUGGGCCGCCGCCCCCAACUUCAGGCCGCAGUUCAAGCACUUCAGCUUGAUAUCGUGCGGUCUCGGGCUCCUGAGCACGGUCGUUGUGAUGUUAUUGCUGAGCGUGCUGGCCGCCUUCAUCUGCAUUGUCGUGUUCGGCAUCUUGCUCUUCUGCUUGUACCUCUACCACCUCAAGCAUCCCUCCGCUGAGAUCCAGUGGGGCUCAGUGGCGCAAGCAGUGCUUUUCCACACCGUACGGAAAUACCUUCUGAAGUUGGACUUCCGUCGCGAGCACGUGAAGUUCUGGCGCCCUCACUUGCUGCUGCUCGUGGCCAACCCUCGCACCGCCUGCCCUCUCAUUGACUUCCUCAACGACCUCAAGAAAUCUGGCAUUUACAUCCUCGGCCACGUUAUGGUGUCGGAGAAGUCACCGUGCGACCUGUCCGAGGAGUACAACAGAUGGCAAGAGCUGGUCGAUCACCUCAAGGUGAAGGCGUUCGUGUCGGUAACGGAGAGCAGCAGCCUGCGGGCGGGGGCGCUGCAGAUGGUGCGCGUCACAGGCCUGGGCGCCCUCAAGCCCAACACUGUCGUGCUCGGCUUCAGGGACGCAGCUCACCCUAACGACUUCCUUACCAUGGCAGGUUCCAGGUACAUGUUGCGUCCCAGCAAGUCCAUCCCCUCGAACUGGCACCCCAUCCGGGACCGCAAGGGCGCUGACGACGACGCCUCUCCUGCGCGCGACCGCCUCCCUGAGCGCCUCAGCCUCCACGACUACGUUGGCCUCCUCAACGACAUCCUCAGGGCGGGCAAGAACCUCGCCCUCUGUAGGCACUUCGACGCUCUGAAUAAGGAACAUAUCAUCAGACGCCGCAACCAACCCGUGCGCUACAUCGACGUGUGGCCCAUCAACUUCAUGUGUCCAGAGACAUCCACUCUUGACGAUACCGCGUCUCUGUUCACCCUGCAGCUCGGCACUAUUCUCAACAUGGUGAAGUUCUGGAGCAAGAACACCAAGUAUCGCGUGUUUCUCAUCGAGCCCUUCGAGUGGCCGCGUGACUUCCUCACCGAGCAGCAGGCUAAGAUCAAGGAAACUCUGGCGUCUGUACGCAUGAAUGCGGAGAUCGUCUCUGUGCCAUGGAAAGCUCCUCCUAAAACCAAUAAUCAGUUGGAAGGUGUGACGGUGCAGUCAGCGAGUCAGACCUCACAGGGCAUCCAUGACGCCAGUAACUUCUCAAGCGCGUUGACAAGCUCCAGCAGCAGCAGCAGCGGCGGCCGAGGCGGCGACGUGACUGGCGAGCAGCUGACGCGGUUGACGGCUCCCUACCUCGACGACGUGAACAGCGCCCUGCGCACCCACGGCACCGCUGCUGCCGUCACGCUCCUCAACGUCUCCCCGCCUCCGCUCGAUGUCUCAAAAUACCAGGCCUAUAUCGACGCCCUCACCAUCAUCACUGAUGGCAUUGGCCCUUGUGUCAUGGUGCACGGCGUCUCUAAAGUCACCACAACCAUGCUGUAGUUGGCACUUCUAAAGCCACCACAACCAUGCUGUAGUUAGCUCUUCUAAAGCCACCACAACUAUGCUGUAGUUAGCUCUUCUAAAGUCACCACAACCAUGCUGUAGUUAGCUCUUCUAAAGUCACCACAACCAUGCUGUAGUUAGCUCUUCUAAAGUCA